CAGUGUGUUACUAUUUUACAACAUCGGGCAGAUCUCAGUUAUUAUUGCAACGGAUAUGUAAAACACUGGAAGUGUCAAAAUGGGUUUAACGAGAUCAAAAUAUGCUACAGAUUAUAGUAUCGAGAGUUGGCAGCCUGCAAGAAAACCGGGGCCUUCGGAGCGGGCGCAACGGCAGCAGUUGACGCCCAAGCAGGUUCAAAACCGGUCCGGUGCCUACGUAUGGGAGGUGAACGACAUGAUGAAACUGCAGCGGUUCCUUUUCCUAGGGGCCGAUAACUCUUUCUGUUACAAAGCUAUCGACAAUGAACCUAAGAGAGAAAAUGCCCAGUGUAUCGACAGGCUAAUAGCUGACGGAAAGGGUACAGAUGUAGUGGAGCUUAUACGGGACAUCAGUCUUGCCGGCCGGGCGGCAAGACAGCAACCAACAAUGUUUGCUCUAGCCAUAUGUUGCAGAUGCAACGACCCAGCUACAAAGAAAAAGGCUUACGAGGCACUCAACGAGAUGUGCCGGAUUCCAACACACUUGUUUAUGUUUGUCAAAUACUGCGAAGAUGUAAGUUCUGGUACUGGGUGGGGCCGGGCACAGAGGCACGCAAUCGUUAACUGGUAUUUGAAUAAAUGCAAGAACCCGGUAGCAGUAGUUCGUCUGCUGACAAAGUACAAGAACAGAGAGGGAUGGACACACCGUGAUGUACUUCGUCUCGCUCACCCUAAACCAACAGACGACGCGUUAAAAGUCGUCCUGAAAUACAUAAUGAAAGGUUUUAUAGAGGCAAAAAUGUUGGUGGAUAAGGAGAUGGGAAAUGACGAAAAAAUUCUUAAGAUGCUUGAUUUCUUGGAAGCCACGGAGAAAGCGAAGAGAUGCACGGAUGAAGAUGAAAUGGUGAAAAUGAUUAGAGAGCAUGGUUUGGAGAGAGAGCACAUGCCUACGCAGCUGCUGAACUCGAGGAAAGUCUGGGAAGCACUUGUAAUGAACUUGAAGAUGGAAGCUGCAAUCCGUAAUCUGGGGAAAAUUUCGUCAAUGGGACUGUGUGGUGAGGGGUCUUUCGUUGAGCAGGCAAUCGCCAGUAAACUUACAGAUCAGCAAGCUUUGAAAGAUGCAAGGACCCACCCGUUCAAAGUGCUUCUGGCUUUGACAACGUAUGAAAAAGGAAGAGGGGAGAAAGGACAUUUGAAUUGGACACCAAACAAGAAAGUUCUGGAUGCGCUUGAUAAAGCCUACUAUUUGUCGUUCGCUGCUGUGGAGCCAACUGGAAAACGUUACCUGUUGGCCAUAGACGUAAGCGGUUCCAUGAAUGUUCCAUGCGUAGGAAGUCAGACCAUCACAUGCCGUCACGCUGCCGCAGCAAUGAUGAUGGUUACGGCGCGGACAGAAAAAAAUUUCGACAUCGUCGCGUUCUCGCAUGAGUUAAUGAUGAUGGAUAUCAAAAAGACUGACACUUUGCCCCAAGUUCUUGAGAAAACUGAAAAACUUCCGUUCGGCGGUACAGACUGUGCAUUACCAAUGCUUUGGGCAGACGAAAAGAAAAAGAAAUACGAUGUUUUCAUCGUGUACACGGACAGUGAAACGUGGUACGGCAAAGUACAUCCGUCAAGGGCUUUACAGGACUACAGAGUGAACAUGAAAAUCCCUGACGCGAAGCUCAUUGUUGUCGGAAUGGCAUCUAACGGUUUCAGUAUUGCUGAUCCCGACGAUCUCGGUAUGUUAGACAUUGUCGGUUUCGACUCCGCUGCUACACAGACCAUUGCUAAAUUCAGUCUCGGUGAAGUGUAAAAAUACACAUAUUAAUAUAGUUCCUAUGUGAACAAUGUUCUACAAGCAGUGCCCCGAUGUGAGCAGUGACUGUAAAGAGUGAUGAAAGUAACAUUUGCAUGGAACAUUAAAACUUUUUUUGAGAUCAGUCAUGCAGAUAAUUACAUACUGACGAUAUUUGCGUCCCUUGAUUUUUUUGUUUUGCUAAUUUGUAUAAUCUGUGUUAUAGAAGUACCCGUUUCGAUAAAAAUAUGGUAAAAAGAAAUUGCACAAAUCUUAAGAUAGAAUAUGUAGACACUUCCUUCUGUCAGAAAUCAGAUUCAUGGUCUCACUGACAAGUAUCCCUACAUUUCGAUUCCCGUGGGCAUGGUGGGAGGCGAGUGACAUACGUGGCAGUAAGCCAAAACAAAAACGUCUAAAGUCGAAUCGUUUUAGGCUUUUCUGUCUUGAAUGUGAAGGAUAUACAAUUUUGAGAUAUAUACAGCACUGAUAUAACUGUGUGUGUUCCCGCACCACACUGUAUUUACCGCUUAAUGAAAAUUUAAAUGAUUUUCUCCAAAACAUUUUAACUUCUUUUUAAUUAAAGAAAAAUACGAAGUGUAGAAGUUAUGCCUGCAAUUACAAAAAGAAUGACGAAAGUGUAUAUAUUGUGUGUAUACAUCUACAGUCGUUUAUAGGAUGUGAACAUUUCUGCUCAAAGUAAGUGAUGAGGGACAAUAUGUGUAAAAAUGAUAACUAUAUUAUACCAUAUACUUCAUGAAGAGUUCUGUAUCUGGUACUCUAUAAUUUUUAAUGCUUUCGAAUGUUAAAAUCUACAUAUAGCGGAGUUAUAAAUUUAAUGUUUUCAAGACAUUAGUGUUUUUUUUAUAUACAUGUAUAUUUUUGUGCAGAUGGCUACGUAUUAACAUGCAUACAUGAACAUUUAUAUGGUUUACAAUCUAAUACCUUAUUACAGAAUUUAGUCAAAGCUACUUUUCUCAAUUUAUGCUUUACUGUUGUAAACAGUGUGUGUUACUUUUCAUAUUUUAACUCUUCACAUUUUACAUUAAAAUAUGUUCACAAAUUCAUCAUUAAAAGUAUGUCACUUUUCUGGAAUCUAAAAUUUAAAUAUAUGUUAGUCAUUUUGAUCUCGUGAGGCGCGCGAGUUUAAUUUUCUCUAUUUUCAUCGUGCAGAUAAACAGUUGUUAUAACAAGUGAUCGUAAUUUAUAAAUGGCACAUGUCCGUUAUAUGUAUAUAUGGUAAAUAGAAAGAAAUGUAUAUGAAUUUUCUUGAGGCUGCUUACUUAAAAUUGGGAAUGACUAAAUCAACCAUUUAUAACGCGGUACAUUGAAAUUUCUUUCAAUGCCCACUCCAUGUGCACAUUUAGAUGGAAAAUACCCAUAUUCGCUUAAAGUUUUUAAUUCAGUACCGACAGUUUUUCUUUGAUAAUUUAUCAAAAUUUAAAAACAGACGAGUAAAUCGAUGAUGAUUUUAAAAAAUAUGCUAAUUUUAAAAAUAUUCAUAAUUCAAUGAUAAUAUUAUGAGGGUUUUUCAUUAUAUCGUGUUUGUUUCCAAAUUAGUAGCCUUAUAUAAGACGUUUUUUUUUUUAGAAUUUUCUUGUUUAUUGAAUGACAAAAUGUUGACUGUUGAUGUACGGAUAUGUCUUGUACAAUAAAAAUGGGUUUAGUGAUGAA